AGCGUGGAGAGCAUUUAUAAGUUAUUAAUGUGCCAUAAGUCGAGUAAUGAAGUUGGGAACACUUUCAUUCGUCAAAUCGACGGGAGAAUUGUAACUGAUGGCCUCAUCAAUAUAAUUCGUAAGUUCAACGCCUCUGCGCUGCCACCUGAUCGGCGUCCAUGUCAUGCAGUCCAAGUGCUACUUGAUCCGGCCUUGUGGGAGACUGCGAUCAACUUACCGCCAAAUCAUGGCGUACUUGGUCUUCUAUUGGCCACCAGCAUGGCCUUUUGUAUCCCUACUGCACUUGGUGUUGUCUGUGGUUUGGGUUUCCAGGCCCUGGAAUCGGCCUUUUUCAAUGCGGCUCUACUUAACGAAACGCAAAAAGCAUCGGGUCUUGUGCUGUUUUCAACUCCGAUACAUCUGCUAGACAAAAGUGGCCUCUGGGUCAUGUUUAUUAUUAUUCUCCUCCUCCUUGUGACGUCUUGCAUGUUCAGCAUUGUGGGAGCUUCGUCAAUUCUGUAUCACGAUGUCCUUGCAACCUACAUUAAACCCUUUAAAAGGCAAGCGGAGAGGACGAAGACGUGCCUUCUCUGCGGCAAACGACGCGGUCAUCUCGCAAGUCAACGCAAUAUCUGUCGCUGUCGCAGCAUGCUUGAAUGUGAGGCAUGUCACACUGACACUUGGCUUAUGGAAGAAUGUAGGAACAGACCGGCCACCACGUUAACGUACGGCUGUCAGAUACACGGCGCCUUCCGUGCCUACACUGACGAGAUUUCAAAAAGCGUGCUCAAAAUCUCCUUCACUGUGAUGGCCGGCAUGAUACCCAUCUUCAUCAUCCUCCCUGAUGUGGGAGUGGCAAAUAUCUUGUGCUUUGGUAUCUGUGCACCGUUUGUGGGAUGUCUCUGUCUCAGCAUUGUCUGGACACGUCUCAGCAGAGUUGCACUUCUAACCGGCUACUUCGUCAGUGCCGCAGGCUCCCUCGCUCUGUGGUUUGCAAUUGAAUAUGCAUCGUUGCUAGUGUAA